AACAGUUAUACAGAUUAUACAUGGCAUCUGAUGUUGCCUUCAAAGAUGCCGUUGGUGACCUAUCCUUUUCCUUGUACAAUGCAGUGGAAAAAAGUGGGAAUGAAGUGAUUUCUCCAUACAGUAUAACAAGUGCACUGAUGCUUUUGAUGCUCGGGACUUGUGGUACUACAAACAAACAAAUGAGAUCUUCGCUAAUUGCAAACGCAACGAGAGAAAAAAUUAAAAACUUGUUUGCACCUAGUACCAUAAAUUCGGCAACUUUAAUGGUUUUAGCCAAUGCAAUUUACUUUAGAGGUACUUGGAUUAAAGAGUUUAACCCGAAUAACACAACAAAGAGGAAUUUUCUGGACGAAUCUAACCAGCAAUAUGAUUUAAAACCAGUAAUUUCAGCAUUAGGAAUUACUGAAAUAUUUGAUUUUCAGACAUCAAAUUUCUCAAAUAUGACCACCCUAAAACGAGUUUUUGUAAAUGACGCUCGCCAUAAGUCAUUUAAAGAAGUCACAGAACAUGGUACGGAAGCUGCUGCUGCUACAACGGUUCAGAUGGUGAUGACAAGUUCAAUUCGCGGACCAUUUCAGUUUGUAGCUGACCAUUCAUUUAUGUUUGUCAUACGUGAUAAUAAUUCAGUAACUAUUAUGUUUGUUGGACGGUUUGUUAACCCAUGAACGAAUAUAAAGUAAAAUUU